AUGGCUGACAAAAAGGGAACCACUGCCCUUCCAGUCAAAACACUAACAAGGAAGGAAAAAGAAGUGCGAAAGAAAAAGGAGCAAGAAAAGGCAGCUGUGGUUUUUGAAGAAUUUUUAGCAUCAUUCGAGCCCAACCAGAAGAGUGGCGUAAAAACCUUUGUCCGCGGAGGCAUUGUGAAUCCAACUAAAGAUGAGGAAGCAGCAGAGCUCACUAAAAGUAGGCUUUAUCGACCUGCCUCAAAGUUUGUUCCUCAAUAUGAAGAUUUCCCACCAACUCAAUCUGCAGAGAGCAAAAAGUCUACGUUUAAAAGAAAGGUAGAUGAAAAGAAGAAGAGUAACCUAGAGCUCUUCAAGGAGGAACUAAAGCUAAUUCAGGAAGAGCGUGAAGUAAGACACAAAAGAAAGCAAAACGAACCAGCUGGUGGAGGACUUCUGGAAUCACCAUUGUUAGGACGACCAACAUUUUACGAUGACCCAACAGUGCCAACCUCCACUAACUUAUACAUCAGCUGUAUUAGUCCAAAGAUGAAUGAGGAGAUACUUUGCAAAGAGUUUGGUAAGUACGGUCCUCUGGCCAGCGUGAAGAUAAUGUGGCCUCGCACAGAUGAGGAGCGUUGCAGGACGUCCAAUAGAGCUUUUGUGGCUUUUAUGACACGAAAAGACGCGGAACGUGCUUUGGCAGCUCUUGAUGGUAAAGUGAUAAUGGGGUUUGAAAUGAAGCUGGGAUGGGGCAGACCAGCUCGAAUCCCACCUCAGCCGCUUUAUACUCCAGUGGGGGUAAGGGCUGCCCCACCACCCAAGUCUGGUCUUCCUUUCAACGCUCAGCCAAGGGAUCGCUUUCGAAACGACUUCACCAAACCUUUGGGCAUGUCCGAAGAAGAACUCGAAAAGACUCUGUCCGAAGCCGUAGUCAAAGUGGUUAUCCCGACCGAAAGAAAUGUAUUAUUCCUCAUCCAUCGAAUGAUAGAGUUUGUGGUGCGUGAAGGUCCUUUGUUUGAAGCCAUGAUAAUGAACAAAGAAAAAAGCAACCCAGAGUACAGCUUCCUUUUUGACAACAAGAGUCAAAACCAUGUUUACUAUCGCUGGAAAUUAUUCUCCAUCCUUCAGGGAGAGUCUCUAAGCAAAUGGAGGACUGCACAUUUCCGCAUGUUCCGCGGAGGCUCACUUUGGUGGCCACCCAUCCACAACAGCUACAUAGACAGAGAUGAGGGAAGGGAUCAAGUGGAGGAGGUCACUUCUCCCGAGGAGGAGGUGAAGAAGGGACAGCUCCGAGCUGAGCACAGACAGAAGUUGGACACACUGCUUCAAGAGCUCACUCCUAGCAGAGGAGACGUCGCCGACGCCAUGCUUUUCUGCCUCGAACGAGCGGACGCGGCCGAGGAAGUCGUGGGAAUCAUCACGGAAUCCUUCUCCUCGCCUCAGGCUUCACUUCAGAAGAGGAUUGCCAAUUUGUAUCUCGUAUCGGACAUUUUGUACAACUCCAGCGCCAAAGUAGCCGGAGCGUCAUAUUACCGGAAACAUUUUGAAUCAAAGCUGUUACAGAUAUUUGGAGUGCUUCAUGAAGUCUACAAAAACAUACAAGCCAGGCUGCAAGCUGAACAAUUUAAGCAAAAGGUGACGAGUUGUUUUCGAGCUUGGGAGGACUGGGCCAUAUACCCGCAGCCUUAUCUCAUCCACCUUCAAAACAUCUUUCUGGGCUUCGUCAAAGCUGGGGAGGAGUUGGCAUUAGUGGAAGAAGAAGAUUCCUCUGAGCUUGAUGGUGCUCCGUUAGCCAGCGAGCUAAUAGAUGGGGUGCCUAUGAAUAAAGGGCAAGCGGAUGACCUCGACGGCUGCCCCAUGGGCUGGGAUGCUCUGGAUGGCGUUCCCGUUGAUGACAUAGACGGUGUUCCCUUGGGAAGUGCCAUCGAUGACAUUGACGGAAUGCCACUGGUUGACAGCAAGGGGGUUCUCUCUAGAGUGCCUUUGUCCAAGUGGGAGAAGACGCCAGACGAUGAAACUUCCUUGGAAGCUUUGUCCAAGUCCAAGUGGACCGCUGCAUCAAGCAAGUGUGAUAACAAUGAUGUGAAUGUGAGUGUCAACUCACUGGUUCGAGGCAAAUCGGAGGGUGACAGCAGCGAUGACUCCAGCAGUUCCCCCAAACAUGACAGUGCACAUUUCCAGAGUUCACUCAAAGGUUUUCAAAUGUCGGAGACCCAAAGAAAAAAGCUGAGAGAGCUAGAAUUGAAGGUUAUGAAGGUCCAAGAUGAGCUUGAAAGUGGCAAGAGAGAGCGGAAGUCCGGCAUGAGCAUUCAACAGCACGUGGAGUAUUACAGGAACAAACUGCUGCAGAAGGAAUUUGAAAAAGAUGACGAUAAACCUGAGAGAUCGACACCCAAAUCAAAAGACCGGCCGGCAGAAGACAAAAAGGAGAAGAAGAAGAGCAAAAAAAGCGAAGACGGAGACAGACAACGGAGUCGAGACGCUGACAAGCGCAACCGAAAAUCAAAUAGCAACUCUCCUUUAAAGCAAUCCAAACGGUCCCGAUCUCCAGAGUGGAAGGGGCAGAGAUCCCGAUCGCAGUCCCCACAUCGAUCCCACAAGAAGUCAAAGAAGAGUAAACAUUGA